AUGACGUUAAACUGGACCGAGAGGAUAGCCGCUUUCUCCCUCAGCCCGUCCCGCUUCCUGUCCGGGACCACCGCGGAGGCUUUCCUCGCCGAGCUGCUCCGGGAGCUGCGCGAUGACAGGGCCAGCUACAGCCUCAAGGUCCUCCUCCUGGCUCCACUCUGUGAGCAUCCCACCCUGCUGUGCCUCUCGGACUCGGUGGGAGAGGAAACGGCCCUGGAGCUCAUGUCCGUGAUGGCCCAGUGCCCUCCCAAGUCCCUCCAGUUUCGCUGCCAGCUCCUGGUGGCCAUCACGUGCGUCCUGGUCUGCUCCUCGUGCGCCGGCGCCCGCUCCCAGGCCUCCCUGGACUUCCUGAGCCUGCUCCUGGAGACGGCCGGGGACCCCGGCGAGCUCCCGGGCGACGGCGGCCAGCAGAGGCUGCGGGCGGGCGCCUGCGCCUGCCUGAGGGAGCUGGAGGCCUGCUGCCCCGGCCUGCUCUCCCCGCGGCUGGAGCUGCUGGACGGGCUGCGGCAGAGGGAGACCUCCAGGCUGCACCAGGCCCUGGCGGGGGUGCAGAGCCUGGCGCUCCGGAACGCCGUGCACCAGCUCGGUCGGGAGACGGGGGCGGGGGCCGAGGAGCUGAAAGCGCUUCUGGGGGGGAACGCGUCGGAUUCCUGGGAGGAGGAACGGGGCCCGGCCACGCUGACCGCGCUGACCCCGGGGCCCACGGGCAGCCUGCCCACCCUCCACACCGGCCCCGACUGCAAAGAGCUGCGGUCAGUCCUGGCCUCCCUGCUGGAGGACUCCUACCUGCUGACCCCGCCGUGCCAGGCCGCGCUGCUGCUGACCCUCACGGAGGUGGUGGCCAUGGUGCCCGCCGUGCCCCCCGCCAUAUUCAGGGCCCAGCUGCUGCGGCUGCUGGGAACCAGCCAGGUCUGCCUCCUGCACAGCACCCUGCUGCUGAAGGCCUCCUUCACGGACAGCCUGUUCGGCGGCGAGGACGAGGACUUCCUGCUGCGGCGGCUGCUGGUGCUGUCCCAGCACCCCCUGCUCAGCCCCCCCGACCAGCUCUUCUACAUGGACUGCAUCCUGCACUUCCCCGAGAACCGGCCCCUCAGCGGCGGGGAGGGCGAGGAGGCCCCGCCCGUGGCGCUCACGCCGCGGCUGGCCGCCGCCCUGCUGCCCACGCUGCUCAACGACGGCCACACGCUGCUGGCCCGGGUCAAGCUGCUGGCCCUGCUGUACCUGGAGGAGGGCGAGGGGGGGGGGCCGGAGGGGGGGCCGGAGGGGGGCCAGGAGGGGGGCGGAGGCCCGGCCCACCUCUACCAGCUGCUGGCCUCGCUGCUGGACGUGGCGGAGGCCGGCGGCGGCGGCCGGGAGACCGUGGUCACCUCGUUCCGGGCGGCCUUCCUCUUCCUGCUCUACUUCGGCCACGUGCGGCGCUUCUCCGGCCGGCUGACCGCCCGGCUGUGCCGGCUCUACAUGCGCCGCCCGCAGCUGGCCCCGCACCUCAUCAACCUGGCCGACCGCGUCCAGGAGCGCACGCCCGCCCCCGACUGGACGCCGGAGCUGCUGCGGGCGGUCCAGCGGGCGGUCACCGAGGCGCCGCUGGCCCGGCUGACCCUGGCCGACUUCAGCCGGCACCUGCAGGUGCUGGCCCGGGUGGCGGAGGAGGGGGGGGUCUGCCAGCAGCCCACCCUGGCCUUCCUGGCGCGGGUGGUCACUCCCUCCUCGUCCUCGCUGUGCGGCGGCGGCGGCUGGCGGCUGGGCGCCGCCGUGCUGGCCGUCUGCCGCCGCCUGCUGGUCCACCCCGACCUGGACUCCCUGCUGGCCCCGCUGUCCCACACCCUGCGGCACCUGGCCGGCCACUACGGGGACACGGACGUCCAGGACCACGCCCGCCUCUACCACGCCCUGCUGACCACCGUGUCCCGCCAGAAGCUGGCCGGCGUGCUGGCGGCGGGCGCCGCGGAGGACCGGCGCCAGCUGAAGCAGCGCUCGCUGUCCUGCCUGGUGGCCGAGAGCGAGGAGCUGACCAGCGCGCUGACCGUGCACCGGCUGGAGGAGAGCGUCUGCCGGCUGACGGAGGCCGGGGCCGAGCCGGGGGAGGCCGGUGCUGACCAGGGGGAGGCCGGUGCUGACCAGGGGGAGGCCGGUGCUGACCAGGGGGGGGGCGGGGAGGCCGCCGGCGCCCGCCAGGCCAGUCCCAGCGAGGCGGAGGCGGCGCUGGACGCCUACAGAGCGCAGUUCAGAGAACCGGACUUCUCCUCGCACAUAACCCUGAGGUACACCCUGACCCACACCGAGGCCCCGCCCCCCGGCUUCGACCGGCUCUACAGCAUCCGCCUCCACUUCGGCCUGACUGACCAGCACUACGAGGCCCUGGGCGACGUCAGCGUGCCGCGCCUCUUCCGGGGGCGCCCCCCCCCCGCCGUGCGGCUGCGGCUGAGGCCGCGGCGGCCCGGCGCCACCACCCUGCUCGCCAGCGCCCUCUUCACCGCCCAGGACGGGCGCACCUGGCACGCCGCGCUGCCCCCCCUCCCCGUGGCCUUCCAGCAGAGCUUCCUGCCGCUGCCGGCGCCGGGGGGCUGGGGCCCCGCCCGCCGCCUGGCCCUGUUCCGGGGGCUGUGGGGGGACAUGAGCGCCCCGGGCGGGGGGGGCGCCCUCAGCCUGUUCUGCUGCCCGCUGACGGGGGCGGCGCUCAGCGCCCUGGUGGACAAACACCUGGCCCGCUUCCUGGUGUCUGACCCCAGCCACGCAGACGAGUCCAAAGCCGCCAUCUUCCUCCCGCCAAAGUCCCACGUGCUGCUCAGAAUACGGCCGGAGAGGGAUGCCAGCCAUUUUGACAUCGCCACCGACAACUGGGAGCUCCUCCCUCCCUUAAACUCUUACCUGCUCACCAUCACGUCCUCACAGGAGGGGGGGGGCAGCUGA